AUGGUUUUUCCCAGAAAAUUUGCUAUCUGUCUGGCUUCUAGUUCAAGAUCUUCCGGUGUCGUCUUCUUCGGUGAUGGGCUUUAUGGUUUUCUCCCAAGCCCUAAUCUAGAUUUCUCAAAAUCUCUGAUCUUCAUCCCACUAAUCCUCAACCCUGUGAGUACCUCCUCCGCUUCUUUCGAAAAAGAGCCUUCAGCAGACUACUUCAUCGGGGUAAAAUCCAUUCUCAUCAACAAUCAAAGAGUCCCUUUAAACACAUCACUCUUGAAAAUCAACAAAGAAGGCAAUGGUGGAACUACGAUCAGCACAGUCCAUCCAUACACAGUCAUGGAAACAUCAAUCUAUAAAGCUGUCACUAAAACCUUCACUAACCAGAUGCCAAAGGUUCCACGGGUGGCAGCUGUGCCGCCUUUUGGGACCUGCUAUAAUUCGGCAAGCUUCGGCAGCACGCGGACUGGACUCGCAGUGCCGCAAAUCGAUCUGGUAAUGCAAAACAAGGGAGUUUUCUGGAGGAUUUUUGGUGCGAACUCCAUGGUUAGUGUUAGUAGCGGUGUGGUUUGCUUGGCGAUUGUGGAUGGCGGGUCAAGUCCGAGGACAUCAAUCGUGAUUGGGGCGCAUCAGAUAGAAGAUAAUCUUUUGCAGUUUGAUCUAGCAAGAUCCAGGCUUGGGUUCAGCUCAUCUCUGCUGUUCAGAGGAACAACGUGCUCGAACUUCAACUUUACUUCGAAGUUUUAG